AUGGUGGAUGCACAGCCGACAUGGAAAGACAGAGUAGAAAAGUAUCGAAAACUAGAAGAGCAGUGGAAAAGGAAACCGCAGGGACAGAUAAGCACUAUUGUAGAGAUUGUAAAGGAGACCUCUAUACCUGCGCUUGAAGCGGGCCUAUCAGCUAUUAUACCACUGGCAAAGGCAAACACAAUGGAGGAAUACACACGGGAUGUUUUAGCAGUUCUAUUUAAGAAUGUGGCAUCAACCAAGCCAACUACAAAGAAGGCAGUAAAAGAAAUUAUGGAAGCGCAAGCACACCACAACCCCUCAUAUGUUGUUUUGGCUGCUUCUAUCCAUAUAAAGGAUAAAAAUCCGAAAAUAAUAACGGAAACACUCAAAAUAUUAGUGGAGCAUGCAGCCUUGCUGGACAAGUAUCUAAUGGGAUCAAUACUGCCACAUGCCGCCUUUCUUUUUGGGCACGGCACUGGGUCAGUAAGAGAGGAGGCCACUCGACUUUUUCAGAUACUUGCAGAAAAAGAUCCAGAGGAGGUAGGAGAAGCAGUGAAAACUCUCCGGCCAAUUCAAGUAAAGGAAAUAUUUCAGCCGCCACAAGAAAAGGAGCAAAAGGCUGCAGCGCAGCAAGCAGAAGCCCCGGUGCAGCAAGUACAAAGGCAGGGGAGAAGUGCACAAAGCAUACCACAAACCCCAAGUGAUAUAAGUGCAUCUGCUAAGCCAAGCAGCUCAUCAGAAAACAGCACGCGCAUGAGUACUAUGCCUAUAGUAGAAAAAAAGCCUGUGCCUAGGAAGGGGAAAGAGAGCGCUGCCCAGCCAGCCAAGCCAAAGGAGUACAAAGUUAUUUCUCUUAUAGAAAGCUUUUACGAUAGGUUUAGGUCAGCCCAGUGGAAGGAGCGAUUAGUAAUGGAAGAGCUAGACGAAAAGCUUGGGAGCAACAAAAAACUGGACAGAAAUGACACUCAUGAUGUAUUAGAUGCGAUUAUUAAAAAAAUAGGAGAAAGCAACAAUAAAGUGUUUAUCGCAGCGAUGUCUGUGGCUUCCAAAAUUGCAAGCAGAGAAAAGAUACAGGAGUCCUUUGCAAUUCAAAUCACAAAGGCCGUAGGAAAAAGACUAAAGGAUAAAAAGGAGCAGGUGCAGCAGUCUGUUACAAAUUUAAUUGUUACUCUUGUUGAGAUAUACAAAGCUUCUAUUCUUCUGGAGCUUUCAGCAAUGGCUGUUUCUGAUAAAACAGUACGCCACGGUGUGUUGAAGACAUUUGAUGCGUGCAUUGAUCUGGUAAGCGAGAAAGAGAUAGAAAGUGCAAAGGCAUUCAAGUCUUUAGUAGAGUGCACAAAAGACCAAAAUGCAGAUAUAAGGGCGCUUGCAUGUACGUGCAUAGCUAAGGUGCUUUCAAAGAAAGAGGAGCUGGUUACUCAGGGAGAGAUAGAAGCGUAUGGAGUAGAAAGGCUUCUUGCCGCAAAAAUAGAGGCGCAGACAGAAGAGUUAUUCAAAAAAAAGGAUGCAGAAAUAACAGCAAUCAUUGAGUCACUCUGCGAAGACAUUCGAAAUACAUCAAUUAAGACUGAGCCUAUUACGCCGAUCCGCACGGCACAGAGCACCGCGCAGAGCCAAGAAAAUAUGACGGUGAGUCCUAUUAUAACGCAGUCUUUAAAAAGAGAUAAGAUGAACAUCCCCAUCCAGGACAUAAAUGGAGACAAUGUGUUCAUAGAUGCGCCCUACCAGGCAUCUCAGAUUCAGCAGCCAUCAGUGUGUAGUACAAGCAGUAUGAACAGAAGUCCUAGCGAGUCUGAGAUAAUGAAUUUUAUAAAAACAGGCGAGAUUGAUGGAUCUGUCUUGCGCUCACUCGUCGAUGCGCUCGGCAGCAGCCCUAUAGUAAGCGCGCGUGCGCUAUCGCUUCUUUCAGUAAUAAACAUAAACGAAGAAAUAGCAAUGCAGAUUAAAGAAAAAAUGGAGACCCUUAGUGUUAAUGAGCCGCACUCUGUUCUAAUGGCAGAAAGUCUAAAGAGCAAAGUAUUCCGGAUAAUCAAUGAAAAGUCUGCAUUUGAGGAAAAGUGCUUGUUUGCAUCUCUCUGCGACUCUUUGAUGAAAGGAGAGCGCGUUCCUCAAGAGGCGCUUGUGUCUGCUAUUUCUAUGGCAGAAAAGAGGUCUACUGUUCUUAAAGAGGAACAAGCAUUCCUUAUUAUAAAAACAUCCGCAGAGAUGGAGUACUGGGAUGUGCUUUCAAUGCUGGAGAAAGUGUUCCCAAUCUUAAAAAUACUCACGGUUCUUAUUUCUCUUGCAGAGACACAUCCAGCGUUUAUUAACAGCAUAUAUUUCCUGCUUCAAAGAGCCCCUAUGAUCCCAAAUGCAUGGGUGGAGGGAGUGGUUGGUGGCCAAAAGUUUAUUUCUCUGCUAGAAAGAGCCGAAACACCUGCAUCAGCACAGAUUUUAACUCUAUUAAAAAAAGAAAACAUUAUUACCACAUACUCACCGUGUGCAAAGAAGGUCAGAAGAUCAGAGGAAAUUGCAGACAUAAAUCUACUUCUUAAUGAUAUAAUAGACCAAAACUCUGUGCACUCGCAUGCGUCUCUAGAAAAGCUUGAGCAAGUGUCUGUACAGAAUCUAAGUGCGCUUUUAAGAAGUGCGUCCACUGUAGUGAAUGUGCUGCUUCUUCAGUUGAGUGACUCACUUUCCUCUGGCGGCACAUAUGCGAACGUCUAUAUAAUUAUUGGCAUAAUCAAGCGAAUAUGUGAAAGCGAUGUAUUUCUCUCUACACUUGAUGCAGGGACUCUUCUAAGUCUUGUUUCAGACUAUAUUGUGAUUAUUACCGGGCAAAUUCCCAGAGGAUCUGCCUCACCAGAAGGCAUUAAAAAAGAGUGCAGUGAAAGUCUUCUAAAGAUGUGUGUCAAUGCACCAUUUCUGACUAUGUUUAAAAUAUAUAUUAACUUGCUGUCAAAUAGGUACAGAGAAGAGAAAGUGCGAGAAAUUCUUGUAAAACUUCUGUGGAAGCAUUCUAAGCUUUCCUCUUCCGCAAUUUCUGACCGGUCAGUAGUAAUGGGCAUUAUCAAUCGGCUAAACUCAUUCUACGCAGAGUUUAGGGGAGAUCUGAAGAGUGAUCAGCUAAUAACAAAGGUUCUCCAGCUACACCUUAUAGAAAUAUUAAAACAGUAUGGUGAAGAGUUCUUAAAGGUAUUUAAAGUCACAGGGCCUGUGCUGCAGCAGGUACAUGCAUUAGGGGGAGUUAAACUGUGA